AUGUGGGGGUGUUUGGGGGGACUCUCAGAACGUAAACUUCCGAAAGAUGUACCUUGUAUUGAUUUAUUAAUACAUUGGAAUUCGACUCCGAAAGAAGGAAAAGGAAAAACUCACGUAGAAUUAACUCAUAGAUUAAAUCAAAUAGGAAGACAAGAUUUAGCACAAUGGCUAUCGAAAACUGUUUUCCAUCAAUUGUCAAAAGAUGUUAAAUUGUCUUUGAACACGUCGAAAAUACAAGAAACAACGAUAUACUGGUAUCUGUUGGAUACUUGGCACUUAGUAUUUGUGACCAUGCCUAAGGAAAUUAAAGAAAUUAAAGACUUCCUUUUAAACGCUAGAAGGAAAGAUGCAAAAUCAGUUAAAAUAAAGAAAAAUGCUGAAAACACAAAAUUUAAGGUUAGGUGUUCUAAGUAUUUGUACACACUUGUUAUCACGGACAAGGAAAAAGCAGAAAAGUUAAAACAAUCUUUGCCACCUGGUUUACAAGUUAAGGAAGUCAAAAAGGGGGAAAAGAAAUAA